UGUGCCACGAGUGUGAGUGUGUGUUAAUGUGUGUGUGUAUUAAUGCUGGUUCACAGGGGAGGGUAGAGAGCGGACACACAGCUUCAGCCACAGUACCUGCUGAAAGCCACUUCAAGGGCAAGAGACGCAGGGAACACACCAAGGCCAAAGGAAUUUCGCCUAUUUGGUGACUGUUGCAACAAUCCGACUCAUCUCUGAAGUCACACUUUAUCCGGCUUGAGAAAUAAAGGACCGGCCAACAUCCAUUCUUCCACUUCAUAGCAGCGAUGGCCGAAGCCCACCAGGCUGUGGGCUUUGAGUUCACCGUACGACCAGACGGGGCGGACAUCAAGCUGAGCCAAGAAGUGAUUAAAAACAUCUACCUGUCAGGGGUCACGGCUUGGAGAAAGCGCGCCAUACAAUUUAAGAAUGGUGUGUUGGCUGGAGUCUAUCCAGCCAGUCCAUCCAGUUGGCUCAUAGUUGUUAUUGCCAUGAUAAGCACUCUGUACACCCGCGUGGAUCUCUCUCUGGGAAUGAUUGACCUAAUCAAGGAAAACCUGCCACGGGGCUACAUGUCUGUGCAGACCGGUAAGGUGCUGAGUGCCAUCCUGUUCGCCACCCUCCUCUGGUUGUUCCUCAUCUACCUGCUGAGAUACUCCCUGAAGGCCCUGCUCUCUUACCACGCGUGGAUCUUUGAGUCGCACGGAAAGAUGAGCUCCUCCACUAAACUGUGGCUGAGCCUGAUCAAGAUGUUCUCUGGGAGGAGGCCGCUCCUCUACAGCUUCCAGGCUUCGCUGCCAAGGCUCCCGGUCCCCAGCGUGGACGACACCAUCGACAGGUACCUGGAGUCGGUGCAUGCCCUGCUGGACGACAAGCGAUACAAGCAGAUGGAGACGUUGGCCAAUGACUUCAGAAACACCAGCGCCCCCCAGCUCCAGAGAUACCUCCUGCUCAAGUCCUGGUGGGCGACCAACUACGUCAGUGAUUGGUGGGAGGAGUACAUCUACCUGAGGGGGCGGAGUCCCAUCAUGGUCAACAGCAACUUCUACGUCAUGGACCUCCUGUACAUCACACCGACCGAGCGGCAGACGGCGCGGGCCGGGAACGUGGUGCACGCCAUGCUACAGUACCGCCGCAAGCUGGAGCGCGGGGAACACGCACCGUUAAGGGCUUUGGGGAUCGUCCCGAUGUGUUCCAGUCAAAUGGAGAGGAUGUUCAACACGACACGCAUCCCAGGCAUAGAGACAGAUAUUGUGCAGCACCUGAGCGACCGUAAGCACCUGGUGGUCUACCACAGGGGGCGCUUCUUCCAGGUGUGGCUGUACACCGGCGGGCGCCACCUCCUCCCCAGCGAGCUGGAGAUGCAGUUCCAGAGGAUCCUCAACGACACCUCGGAACCGCAGCCUGGAGAACUGAAGCUAGCAGCCCUGACCGCCGGAAACAGGGUGCCGUGGGCCCGGGCACGUCUCAAGUACUUCAGCCAGGGUGUGAACAAGGCCUCCCUGCAGGCCGUAGAAUCCUCUGCCUUCUUUCUGACCCUGGACGACGAGGCGCAGGGAUACGACCCGACCAAGACCGGCUCAUUGGACGGUUACGCCAAGUCUCUGCUGCACGGGAAGUGCUACGACAGGUGGUUUGACAAGUCGUUUACCUUGAUAUCUUACACAAACGGCAAAAUGGGAAUCAACACUGAACACUCCUGGGCAGAUGCACCAAUCAUAGGCCAUAUGUGGGAGUACGUCCUGGCGACUGACUGCUUCCACCUGGGCUACACAGAAGAGGGCCACUGCAAGGGCGACGUCAACAAAGGCAUCCCGCCCCCCGCCCGACUAGAAUGGCAGAUCCCAAAGGAGUGCAGAGAAACCAUCGAGACCUCGUACGUGUUGGCCAAGCAGAUAGCGGACGACGUCGACUUCCACGGCUGUUUGUUCAGUGAGUUCGGGAAAGGGCUGAUCAAGAAAUGCCGGACGAGCCCCGACGCCUUCAUCCAGCUCGCUCUACAGCUCGCCCAGUUCAGGGACCAGGGGGGGUUCUGUCUGACCUACGAGUCCUCGAUGACCCGCAUGUUCCGGGAGGGCCGCACGGAGACGGUGCGGUCGUGCACCUCAGAGGCUGUGGCCUUUGUUCGAGCCAUGGAAGAGGAGGACAAAACGAAUGGCGCAAGGCUUGAAUUGUUCAGGAAAGCGGCGGACAAGCAUCAGAACAUGUAUCGUCUGGCCAUGACAGGCUCCGGAAUUGAUCGCCAUCUUUUCUGCCUCUACAUAAUGUCCAAAUACCUUGGCAUGGACUCACCAUUCCUGAAGCAGGUUCUGUCUGAGCCGUGGAAGCUGUCCACCAGCCAGACACCUCAGCAGCAGCUCAACCUGGUCGACAUAAACAAGUUCCCCAGAUAUGUGGGGGCUGGCGGAGGUUUUGGUCCAGUGGCGGACGAUGGGUACGGCGUCUCCUACAUCAUUGUUGGGGAGGACCUGAUUACAUUCCACAUCUCGAGCAAGUUUUCCAGUUCAGAAACAGAUUCGUUCCGUUUUGGUCAGAACAUCCGGAGGGCCAUGCUGGACAUCCGAAGUCUUUUUAAACCGAUUAACCACAAGACUGAGCUGCCGCUGAUGAACGGAGUGUCGAAGGGCCACAAGAAAGACGUCUAACAGCUGCUACUGCUACAGGAUCGAGAAAUGGAAUUUCAUAUUCAUAAGACCCGGAUAUUCACUCCAAUUUAUGUGAUAGUUUGCUUUUUGUCCACAAAAGGGAAAAUAUAUACAUUAUGCUACUAUU